UCACGUCAAGAUGGAAUGCGGUUGGGGUUUCUUCUGAUUGGUAUUUGUAAUUGGCGGGGCGGGGUGUGUGUGUGUGUGGGAGAGAGAGAGAGAGAGAGAGAGAGAGAGAGAGAGAGAGAGAGAGAGAGACAAGUGUCGAAAGAUGUGCAUCCUAGCCUGUUUUUCUCAUCUGGCUGUGUGGCGUUAUGCGACGUUGUGAUGAUGGGUUAUUUCGACACGUUCUUUUUCCUUUCUGCUCGAUGGGGGUUCUCAGGGUAAUGCAAAGCUGUCCGAUCAUCUUCUCGGCGAUUCCGCGAACUGUCGAGAGUACUCUUGUGGAUCUGUCGCAGCCGUCCCCCUUCGUUUGGUGAACUUGUCUUCCCUUGCGGACGAGUUUGUGAAAACAUUCCCUUUUUGUUGGAAAAUGCUGUGUCGGGUCCAACAUUUUGCGCGUGCGCGCUUGGGAGGGAGAGAGAGAGAGAGAGAGAUGGUUUCCUGUGACGUUGUGGUAAUAUGUGAUAGUUUGUACGGGUUUUGUCAAGUGUGGUGUUCGCAUGGCUGUUAGUUUUCAGGGGCGGAUGCUGCUUAUCUGUGACAAGGGGUGAUCGGUUUUGUGCUAUAUCGCGAGUGAUUCUCCAACUGUCGUAAGUUGGUAGUUUUUCGACGAACCGUCGCAGCCUGCGCUUUAAAUGGACAUGCUUUCUGUUUCAGGGCAUCCUUUCCGUUUCAAAUGAGUUCGUUCUGUGAACUAGGAGCCGCUUGCUAUCUGUCUCUGUGUUUGAGAUAGUGUGUGUGUGUGUGUAAGAGAGAGAGAGAGAGAGAGAGAGAGAGAGAGCAAGCGUGGGAUAGCGAUAGAGGGUGUGUGGGAGACAAGGAAGCUUUCGGGCAUCGAGGAGAAGAGUGAAUGACUGACCUCACGGCAACGGUGAGGGAUGACGUUAUGUUAUGGUAAUGCACAGCCACUCGUGAUAAUGAACAGCAUGGAGAUAGUGAAGACAAGUGGAAAAUGGCGUUCGAGCACAUGUCGAGUUCCAAAUCACGCGGUUCAUCGGAUCGUGUAGUUAUGAGCGCAAUCACUUGAAGGAUGGGAACCGAUCAUGUCUGCGACAUCCGUCACUCCUUGAACGCGCUGCGCAUGACGGAUGCUUUCAGGGCUAAGUGUUGAGACGCAUGGCACUGCGUGCUGCCACUGUUCUUGCCGCGGGUAGCAUGAAUUGACCGUGAUUAAAAAGGGGAUUAGCUAGAGGGAAAAGCACUGGAUUACCACCGGAUUCCGGCAACUGCAAUCUCUCCGGCUGCCAAUCGCUGAGUGAGUCCACCCAACAGCAUCACCAGCUGGGGAGAGUGCCGCCCGGUGAUUAUCAUGAGUAGGUGUUCGGGUUGUCGGUCUGGGAGAUGACUGCUAAAGCAGGGACGGGGUCCCCACGCUAUUAUAUUUUUGUUUUCGUGCGAACUACGUGCUGGGAGAGUGGCCGCCGAAGUCAUGGAGAUGACCGCCGAAGCAGAUCGCAACGGCGUCCGUCCAGCUCGUAGAAGCAGAAUUGAUUAUGCGCCCAUCUCGUUUAAUCAGUGCCCGAACUCGACGUCAUCGAACCGUGAUGAUGAUGAGGUGGGCACGUGUCUCGAGGUUAGUGAUGAUGAUGAGGUGGGCACGUGUCUCGAGGUUAGUGAUGAUGAUGAGGUGGGCACGUGUGUCGAGGUUAGUGAUGAUGAUGAGGUGGGCACGCGUGUCGAGGUUAGUGAUGAUGAUGAGGUGGGCACGUGUGUCGAGGUUAGUGAUGAUGAUGAGGUGGGCGUUGACGAAUAUGGGAGGACGGGUUUUGAUGUAACCCGGGCGCAGACGUUGACGGCCCAAGAUAAACGCAGAGAGACGGGAAUUGCUUCCUCGAUUGCUACCAAAGUCCAGAGUGAAAGGACGUCAUCCAUCAUUUCAAAAGCUGCAAAUGGGGGGUAUCAGUGUGCUCUUGCGAAUUUGACCUCUUGCAGACCCCAUCAACGACCAAUGGCGAAGUCAAGCUAGUUGGCGGACCGUGGAAUCAAUGCUUUGACAAGUUUAGGGUAUUCGUAGCUGGCUGAUCUUUUCCCAGGAAAUAAAGUAACGUUCUGAGAUUUGAACUCCUGUUGAUCGUCUCCACAUUUCCUUGUGUUCCUCCUCUUCCCCGCCCCCAACCCGCUCAGUCUUUUGGCCCUCCCCCCUCCUCCUUGGUUCUCGUCUCUCAUUAGAGAAACCGCGUUUGAAGCGCACGUUCGUGCUCCUAGGCUCAAUGUUGGAGAAGCCGUACCCGUGUGAAUGGGAUCUUCGGUGUUCUUGGAGAUUUGACGGUGGUUUUUCUCCGGUAUCGACUCGUUAAGACAUCUGCAUGCCGCUUUUUAAGAGUGGUGGGGACCACAAUGGAAGAUGAUGUCGAGUUGUCGGCAAGCAAACGGAGCUCUUCGUGCGAUGUGAUACGGCCACAGUGGAAGAUAAUGGAGGACUGAAGUAGAAGUAUGACGAGUAGGAAGGUAGUAGAUGGCCAUUAAUCUGGUAGAGUGAUGAUGACAUCCCUGUUUGCGCGGUACGCGGCAGGGGGUGUUUCUUUCGUGGAGCGAUCAUGAAGAUGGUGGUGGUCAUCAACCGUCGAAAUGUAUGAGGAAAUGUACGAGGUCCUGGAUUAUACUUACUGGGACUCAUGGGGUUGGGGGGGGAGCCGUCACGUCCAAAUUUCGAGAUUGAGCCCGCGCUCGGUUGCAGCGAGAAUCUGCCAUUAACGGCAAGUGUGACUCCAUCUCGAGGGACGUUGAUGCCUAUGAUUUGGCGACCUGCAGUCUGUAGACUUUAUGGUUAUCAUGGAUAUGGCACUCACGGACAAGUUUGAAGAGGCGGGGGUAGUCCUGAUGCCCUCUGAUUCAAAGGGAAAAGGGGGGGGGGCGGUGGAGUGGAGGGGGUCAAGCAGUUGGGGUACUGUGGACAAAACUGUUGGGCUCACGAAUGGACCUUGUAGCCUCCACAAUUUGUCACGUGCGGAUAGUAUUUCUCGAGUUUGUGCGUAGAAGCUGGAGACGCUUUGCGCUCUUGUAAUCACUUCGCCGGAACUGCGUGGAGUCUUGGACUGAUCGUCUCGUAGAACGAUACGAUCAUAACGGUUUCACUCCCCGCUCUGUAGUAGUUAAUUUAGCGUCUUGGAAAACGAUCAUAACGGUGUCACGCCCAGCUCUGUAAUAGCUAAUUAUUUCGAGUCGUCUUUGAACGGAAAGAGAUAGUCUCAUUCGGCUCCUCACUACUAUCUCAAAUGAUAGUGGGGGUAUGAUAGAUAUCUCGGGGACUCGUUUCCGAUCCAAUCAGCUAGCUCCUUGUAUACCAAAUCCUGUUACUUAAAUUUUAGCUGCCGCCUUAACACAGUUUUGAUGCUGAGGUUGUCAAAGGAUUUGCUUUGCAUCUUGUUAGUGUAGCAAAGUCGAAGUCGAAGCUGAAGAUUAGGUCGCUGCGCGGGAGGUCUUUCUUAUCUACCGUCUUCCGCCGAACGCAAUGCACCCUCGUUUUGCCGGUAUCCGACCGGGAAGAUAACUCGUAUACAUACAUUCAUGAUGAGGGUGCGUUAUGUUCGGGGAAAGACGGUAGGGCAGUCUCCUAAUUCGAAGGAUUUAUUUGUUAGGGAGUGCCUGCGUAAUUGUUAACCAUCUUCUCGUUGGCAUGUCGACGUGUACUGGGCCCUACGUGUUGCUUGGCAAUAACGUGAUUGCCUCGUGAGCGUACUCAUUCGUUCUAGCAAAAAGGGGGUUGGACAUCUGUUUUUAUUGCACGCCUUGCUCACUUGUGCGGUAGACCUCUCUUCUCUCUGUCCUGAAUACGCACAAAGUACGGAUCCACUUCUCCUCACUUGAAAGAUGCUCUCUCUCUUCUUCGCUUCGCCUUCUCCCCUUCCUUCCUGAACACACCGCCUUCGGAUCUGUUACUCAUGACUCUGCCUCUCUGUAUUGUGCCUUUAUAGAUACUCAAAUACAGGAUUGCAGGUAGGGACAAUUUCGCUGACGUGUGAAUAGCUAACUAUGUGGACCGAUGGCUCAAUUUGGGACAAUGCCUACCUAAUGAUCACAUUGUACUUGCGGAAGUUGAACAGAUGGCUCUAAAUAUAUCUUGGCUGCUUUGUUCUGGCAGUUCCCCGAUUUGGUGUGCCUGUAACUUCCUACCGGCGCAGGCGUUGGCCGCGGCGGUCUCUCUUUGUGCAUGUGCAUCUGGUGUCUACGUGAGAUGUAUUUGUGUGUGUGUGUGUGUGUGUGUGUGUGUGUGAGAGAGAGAGAGAGAGAGAUACAUAGAUAGAUACAUAGAUAGAUACAUAGAGAGAGAGAGAGAGAGAGAGAGAGAGAGAGAGAGAGAGAGGGGGGGGGGGGGGGGGGGGGGGGGGGGGGGGGGGGGGGGGGAGGGAGGGGGCAUGCAUUAGAUUGUGUUGUCGCCCAUCUCCUCGUGUCUCCUUCAAUAACCCAAGUAGCGCUCUUGAGUCUUCGGUUUGCCUGGAGGGACUUGCGAUAAGACGAGGCGCGUAGCGUGGCUCAAAUUGACCAGCUUGUAAUUGCGGACUAAAUUUUGAGAACCAGUUGAUCUUGAGCUCAUCCAGUGCCUCUCGCUCUAAGGCCGGAGUCGGGGUCGAGUUCACAGCAGUGUAUUAGGAAGGAUACGUCCGGAACAACCUCGAUAAGGCUGCAAUAUUUGCCAUGAACAUGUCUGCUCUUGUCCCCGUGCUCUGCUGCCUGCUAUCUGCUUAUGUGCGUGUGGUUACCCGUCUGCUUUCGAGUGUCUAUGUGCCCGUGUACGUUUCCUCCCCUCCCAUAACACUAUUGAUUCCUUCUCCUCGGUUAAAUGUAAAAUGGCUUACGGUUUGGUUUUGAACGCCUCGUCCUCCUGCAUUCCUAGCUCCAUGGAAGCACACUGAUAGGUAGGGUUCCGGUGUGAAUUCCAAUUUCACUUGCCCUUCCUGGCCAUUGCCUAUCAACCAGAAGUAAUGCUUUAUCCUGGCUGGCUGCACUGGUGUCAUUCAUUUAAGGCGUGGAAAUUCUCCACGGCCAGGGUGGUGUCGAAUAUGCAAGCGGCUGGAAUUGGUCUAUGGCUAGGGGGGUGCCCCUAUAUCCCAGCACGGCAUUCUGGUUAGGGGUGUCCACUUAAUGCACAGCUGAUUGGUAAGAUGUUGUGACCUGCCAUGGCAGGAUCAGGAACGAGGUUCAGCAGAAGUAAUGGUAGUGUGAGAGUUUGGGCGUUCUGUCCGGAGAGUGUUUUUACACUCUGGUGUGAUGUGAUGUCCACUGAAUGCACAGCUGAUUGGUGAGCUGUUGUGACCUGCCAUGGCAGGAUCAGGAACAAGGUUCGGCAGAAGUAGUGGUAGUGUGAGAGUUUGGGUGUUCUGUCCUGAGAGUGUUUUGGCACUGGUGUGAGAUCGGUGAGGUGAGGGGAGUGGGGCAUUCGAACUCCCUAGAUUGGGUGCUUUCUGACCAGUGGGUACCAGAUGGGUGGCAGUGGGUGUGUGCAACGUCUCCUUGGCGUCAAUGAAGGUGUUAUGAUUAUGCUGCUAGCUAUCUGGCUCACUUGUAGAGUACUCUCGAGGUGUUGCCCUGGCCCCUGUCCUUGCGCACUGUCGCUCCUGUGUGUACAACGUUAAUGAGGAUGUGUUUCCUCGAGAGGGGAAUGAUCGACUCCUGUUGCACUCGCUUGUAGUUUUGUAGUUGAUGAUGUUUGGAAUCUACCAUUACCACUGCUUGGUCCAUCAUCCCGCUGCCUCCGGUAGGCCUGACCUUUUGACUGUUCGGGAUUCCAGUGUCGGGUAAAGUAGAGGUUGGAAUUAAAUUUGGGGGCUGCGGCGGUUUAAUGUCUGACCAGUGCUUGCCGGGGGUGCGUGGGUGCCUGUUUAAGCUUUGACCAGUGCUUGCCGGGGGUGCGUUGGUACAAGUCCAGACCGGUCGGCGCCUAGCAUGCACACGGGUGUGCAGAUUGCAGAUGGAUUUGAACAAUGACCUUCUAUAUGUUUGAGCUCGAGUGCGCUGGCUGUGAUCCGGUCCCAGCAGUGAUGGAUGGACUGUGACGUGCGUGGGCCUUCUGGAAGAGACACGAAACAUCACCAAGGGAUGUAUAUAUGUACAUUUUGCGUGGAGUAGCAAAUAGCCUGAAAUAGUUCAAAUGUAAAUAAAUUAUUUGGCUCAGACAUAAAUGAAUUAUUUCGUCUACG